AUGGCUUCAGAGGAGGAUGGAGGCGACUGUCCGGUGUCCUCGGAUAUUCAGCCUGGAGACCGGGGCAGCUUUCUGUGUCUCCUGUGCAGCAUCAAUGUCCCGAACCGCCCCAGCCUCGAUGAUCACCUACGUGGGCGACGUCAUAAGCGAAUGUGUGAGGAGCGUGACAAGCGCCAACAGCAACAAGAGCGUAGUGUGUUUGUCAGUGGUUUCCAAAAAGGCACCACAGAAGAGCAGCUUAAAGAUGUCUUUCAAUCAAUAUCAUCUGUCAAGAAUAUUGUCAUGGACAAAGACAGGGGUCUUUAUGCCAUUGUGGAGUUUGAGAAUUCAGAUGGAGUCAGUGCCACCCUUGAAGAACAUGAUAUUAAACUAGAGGGGCAGCAACUAAAGGUAAAACCUCGAGAGAAAAAAGAAUUCAAGAAAAGGAGAGCAGGAACACGAAACUUGCAGCCUCCUGACCCGGAGGCGCUGAGCAAGGAACUUAUCCACUGCAAGGAUUGGAAGAACAAAAUGAAGAGCGUAGUCACACUGUGUUCUCCAUCUCGUCAUGAAAGCCAUCUGCGGGAGCUGCUUCUGUCUCUGCUGAAAGAAACUUUCACCGAGUUCUUUCCAGGCUGCCAGCUUCAUCCUUUUGGUUCUUCAGUAAAUGGCUUUGAGAUCAGUGGCUGUGACCUAGAUUUAUAUCUGGAGCUUGGGGAAGAAUUGAAUGGGGAGAAAGAUGAUGUUGAAGGUGCAGAGUCAAAAGAAGAAGAUGUGAAGAAUGAUGGAGAUGGAGAAAAGGUGGACUCUUUGGAAGUAGAAGAAGUGCAGGAAGAUGAAAUCAUGGAAACUGAAGAGAAGUGUAGUGAUGACGACGAGAAUAUUACUCCUGGCCUGUCCUUGAAGGGUCUCUCCAAUGAGGAAAUCCUUAAUUUAGUUGACAGAGUUCUACGUCAGUGUGUUCCUGGAGUACACGGAGUUCAAACUGUUCCUUCUGCACGGCGCCCAGUAAUACGAUUCCAACACAAGACUUCAGGGCUCAGGGGAGACAUCACUCUCAAUAACAGGCUUGCCCUGCGUAACUCCUUCUACUUGCGUCUCUGUUCUGACUUAGACCCUCGGGUCCCACAGCUUGUGUACACUGUGAGAUACUGGGCUAGAGUGAACCAGCUAGCAGGUAACCCAUUAGGGGGUGGGCCCCUGCUGAAUAAUUACGCUUUGACAUUACUUAUUAUUUUCUUCCUACAAUCAAGGAGCCCUGUGGUUAUUCCCAGUCUAUGCCAACUGAGAGAGAUUGCUGCUGAAGAGGACACGCAUGUCAUUGAUAGCUGGGACUGCACUUUUCCCUCUGAUCCAACGAAAAUACAACCUAGUAAAAAUGAGCAGAGUCUUGGUUGUCUUCUGUCUGAGUUUUUUUUCUCCUUUUUCUCUUCAUUGGAUUUACGUUCAAGCAUCUUCUGUCCUCGAGAUGGUGUAAUCAUCACCCUUCCUUUUACCUCUGCACCUCCAUCCUGGGCUGAUGGUUUUCGCCUAGGUGUAUUCAAUGUCCAGGAUCCAUUUGAAUUGAGUCAUAAUGUGUGUAGCAAUGUCAGUUCAAAAACAGCUCGACGCUUUAGCUCACAGUGUAUCAGUGCUGCAAAGACCUGCCGUUCACCACUUUAUUGCCUACGGUCAUUAUCCCGCCCUUGGGGCAUAAUUUCAUUGUUACUACCUAAUACUUCUGAGGGCAGUAAGAAAGAAGGUAUAGAUAUCUCCAUUCCAUUAACAGGAACUUCAUUGAAAGCUGUGACUUUGGCUGUCAAGAGGGUCUUAGUAGAGGUGUUGUUAUGUAGUUGUGAGGAAGACUCAAGCUUGAAAAAUGAGGCAGAAAAUACAGGAAAAGGAAAAGAUGAAAUGAAAAGAAGUGGAGAUGAAGGUGAACAGGCAGUGUCACACAUGGAGGGACUCGUCAUUGGCGAUGAAAGGUCAGAGUUUAAAGCUGAAGAGUUAAAUAAAGAUGGGAUGAAAACAGAACCACAUGGAAGGAAACGAGAAAACACAGAGGAAAUCCAGAAUGAUACCAAAAGAAGGAAAGUGGAAUGUACAAAUGAAGACUCGAUUUUAGAGCAAGAAAGUAUAGUUCCUGGGCAGAAAGAACAUAAAAAAGGUAAAAAGACUAAAGGGCUAAAAGAACUUGCAAAGGAAAACGUGUCCCUCAUGAGGAUUAAUGUAUGGCAUCAAGUGUGGGAAGGUAGACGCAGACAGCGGAGGGGCAAGUUUGGAGAGAUGACCCAGAAAAUAGAAUUAGAGACUGCAGUGUCCCGUGCGUUGUCUUCUGGGACAAUAGAUAGUAAGCCAUGCAAACCAUUAAUGAAAAUAACUGUGAAGACCAAACAGACAAAUGAGGGAAAUGCACAGCUGCACCUUACUCCGGAGAUGGAUGAUUAUCAAUGCAGCACUAAUUUCUUACACUUUUUGAAGAGUUUUUUACCCCAGAUGGUACAAGAAAUUCUAAGCGGUGACGACUGA